CCGCGGCGGCGGGAGGCGGCGCAGCCGAGGCCGGGAAGAGGCGGGCGGCCGCUCCGGACCUUGGAGCCCGUCCUUUGCCCCCGCGCCGCCGGCAGCCUUGGUGGCGCGGGCAGCCGGAGGCCACGGCGAGCCCGAGUUUCACUACGUGGCGGGACCCCCCCGGCGCGGGACCCCCCGGCGCCCGCUCACCUGGUCCCCGCGCAGGGCUCGGAGCUGGCGGGCUGGGCCAUGGGGCGCUGGACCUACGAGGGCAUCGACCUCAACCACAACUUCGCCGACCUCAACACGGCGCUGUGGGACGCUGAGGACAACGACCUGGUGCCCGACCAGUUCCCCAACCACUACAUCCCCAUCCCCGAGUACUACACCUUCGCCAACGCCACGGCAUGAACGACUUCAGCUACCUGCACACCAACUGCUUCGAGAUCACCGUGGAGCUGUCGUGCGACAAGUUCCCGCACGCCUCCGAGCUGCCUGGCGAGUGGGAGAACAACCGCGAGUCCCUGCUGCUCUACAUGGAGCAGGUGCACCGCGGCAUCAAGGGGGUGGUGUGCGACGCCGACACGGGCCAGGGCAUCGCCGACGCCAUCAUCUCGGUGGACGGCAUCAACCACGACGUGCGCACGGGUGCCCAUGGCGCAGUUCCGCAUCCGGCAGUACCGGGACGAGGACUACGAGGUGGUGCGGACCCUCUACGCCUGCGGCAUAAUGGAGCACGUGCCGGCCGUCUACCGCCACUUCCUGCGCUCGUGGCAGGCGCAGCUGGGGCUGCUGGGGCUGGUGGCGGUGGUGCGGGCGGCGGCGGGCGGCUGGGUGCCGGCGCUGGGUGCUGCGGCGCUGGCGCUGCUGGGCACCUGGCUUCUGGUGCGCUCGUUCGUCGCUGCCUACGUGCGGGACGGGCUGGGCACCGACCUGCGCAACAUCCGUGCCGCCUACCUGCGGGCGCCCGGCAGCGGCUUCUGGGUGGCGGAGGCCGGCGGGGCGGUGGUGGGCACGGUGGCGGCGGUGCCGGCGCCGGAGCCGGCGGCGCUGGAGCUGAAGCGCAUGUCGGUGCGGCGGGAGCAGCGGGGCCGCGGCGUGGCGCGGGCGCUGGCGCGGGAGGUGCUGGGCUUCGCGCGGGCGCGGGGCUACGGUGCCGUGGUGCUGGAGACGUCGAUGGUGCAGGUGGCCGCGCAGCGUCUCUACGAGGGCCAGGGCUUCCGCAAGGUGGGCGCCUUCAGCCCCUCGCUGCUCGGCCGCCUCCUCUGCGUCCAGAUGCUCCGCUACCGCUGCGAGCUGCCUGCCGCCCCCGGUGCCCCCCUGGCCCCCCCCGGCCGCCCCGCCGACCCCGCACAAUAAACGGAGCCGUGGCAAGGCUGCA